AGGCCGCAGGAGCGGGAGCUGGUGGGCAGGCUGCUGGCCCAGAACGUGAUGCUGCAAAACGGGACCCUGAGCUGGUACAGCCAGCAAGGGAUAGCAGGCGUGCACCUGCUCCCUGGCCUGACCUAUGACGAGCACAGACAGGAGCUGGUCGUGGCGAAGGCCGGGUCCUACAUCGUCUGCCUGCGCCUGGCGCUGAGUCGUGUGUUGCUGACCUCCCAGGACUCUGGCAGGGUCUCACUGGCCCUGCGCCUGCAGCCGCCUCAAGCUGGGGCCACCGCCCAGGCUCUGGCCGUGGAGCUGACGCCCGACUCCUCCGUCUCAGUGGAAGACUCCCGCUGCCACCUGCUGCAGAUGUCUGACAACCAGCGGCUCAGCGUCCGCCUCAGGGUCUACCUGUCUGCCGAGGUUGGCGAGCACCAGGCCUGGCAGCUGGACCACCCCGCCACCGAGUUAGAACUCUUCCGAGUGGCCGCCGAAGUCCCAGACUGACUCCCCUCCACGUGAUCCCUGCUGUGGGUCCUGCCCUCCUUUCCUGUAGCCCCUGGUGCUGGGACAGGGUGCUCUACCUCAUGGGCCGGGCAGGGGUCCCUGUGCUGACCUCUCCUCUCCAGGACUCUCCCGAGUAUUUAUUCUGAGCCUGAGCUCAGAAAGUACACUUUAUAUGAAGACAUUGUAUUGCACUUAUAUUUAUUGAGCACUUAUGGUGUGCCAGGCAGGUGCUAGAGGACCAUUGGAAAAGACAGG